AUGGGCGAACCUAUGGGAGAGGACCCCAUUCCGCAGGUGGGUGAGAAAGAGACAGUUCCCGAGACUCAGGAAGAAACCCUCACGUCAACUACGGACCCGGCUCUUGUUCGGCGUCGCAAGAAGCUCCUAGAGAGAAUUGCCUUGACCUUGCAUUUCGACUUCCAAGCUCUCCCUAGCGAGGCUCAGGAGGCAUACUGGAAGUUUCAAGAGGACCGUGGCUUUUCCAGGUUCGCCAUUGACUUGCAGCGCCUACUCCUCAACCACAAGAUAGACAGCUUUCUUCACCAGUGUCCAGCCUUUCUGCUUGCUGUUGCUGAACUGUUUGACGAGAAACAUCCUCAGCUUGGACUCCGAGAGCUUUGUGAAGAGCAAGGACUUACCCGUGAUGAUGAAUCUACACUGGAGGCCCGCCCUAGUGACUUUGGCACCAGGUAUUUGCCGAGAGAUGACGAAUCAGAUGUUGACGAUUCCGAAGGGCAACAUCGUCCAUCGGCUCAACUUUCGAGAACUAUAACCUUAACUUCACACACUCGCCAACCUGGGACAAUGGGGCCGUGGAACCACGGGUCGCUUCGACUCAUGGCCGGUCAGAUUACAGACGACGAGGAGAGCCCAACCCAGGCCCCAGAGCUUGAGCCGACUAAGACCAAGCCGCUCAUCCCUGGAUUCGUCAUCAGCACCAAACGAACGCCCUUGAUCUCACCGGGAGAAAAGGAGAAAGACACCACCUCUGACAAGCAGCCUCCGGAGACUAGCCAUGGGUCAGCUAGAGACAUACGGUCCCAGGAAGAAUACAACUCGGGUUGGCUCCGGAACUUUGCCGGCGACAGAAGCGUGCCCCCUCCUGACUUCAAUCUCUACCCGUACAAGGGUUGGAAGAUCGAGCCUCCCCAGGUGUUGAUCAGCCGAGCCAAGAACUUCCUCGCCGAUGAGGACGUCAACAGAACAGUCGAUUGGGACCGCAAGUUUGCCGAGCUAGCAGAAUACUUCUCGUACCUCCUUCACAACUGGAAGGGUGAACGCUGGGGUGCUGAUCUCCACGAGUGUAUCGACAUGCUCCAUGCGCAUCGCCUCUUUGAGGACUACCACUACGGCAGGCCCAAGCUGAAUCUUGAUUUUCCUGACAAGUGGACAAUCAAGAGCUGGAGGCUGCCGCGAGUACCUGGACAUCAUGUCGUCGUGGAGGAUGAGGAGGACAUGGGGGAGCGGAAGCUGCUCUUCAACCCGAUCCGUGCUGCCCAUGAUGUCCACUACGAGAUGCCUCAAGAUGUUCUCAAGAAGUACGUCGAUGAGUAUGGACAGGAUGCCGAAUACUUCUGGUCGUCGUCCCACGGCGUCGAGCCUCGCCCAGAGAGACUGAGCGACGAAGACCCCAACAACAGAAGAUUCAACAUGGUCGAGUGUGAGAACAACGCCUAUGAGAAGAGCAUAUUGAAGAACAUGCAAGAAACCUGCUCUCAACUUAGAUCUCAGCCUCGACCUCCCGCCGAGCAAGUCAAGGGCACGCCAGACACCAACUCUCUCCGCCAGUUUGCGUGGUUCCGAGGAACUCGACGAGCUGCUCUCCAGCAGUGCCUGAGCCAGUUCAGCAAUGCAGAGAAUGCUGCUGUGUGCAACCAGUGGCGAGCCAUCAUCCUUCCACCACCCAAGAAGUCAAAGCAACCGGACGCCGGUGUUCUUUUCACCACCAUGCAAGUAGCUGAUAUCCCUGAAAAGGAGGCCCGCGACCCUUUCAGCUACACCCUCGCGCACAAGUGGUUCAUCACAGCGGAGCAAUGGUGGGGUGCCUGGAUGCGCCCUCACUCCAUCAAGGAGUCCUACGGGCAGAGACUCUGGCUGCAUCGUAAGGAGGCCAUCAUGGAAUUGCCCCACAACUUCAAGGGUCCGUAUGUCGUGGACUAUUUCGACAAGGACAUGAGAAAGACUCAGGAGCUCCUUAACAAAUGUCAAAUCAUCUGGGAUAGACUGGAUGACAAGGAGAAGCAUUUCAACCGCGAAUUCUUGACCAAGAUUGUCAAGUGUGUAUGGGAGGGACUCCGAUCAGGGGAAGGCAGCUACCUUGAACAAGGUUCUCUCGUUCGAAAUGAUGGAGCCACUCCUGUCCCUCACAUUAGACCCCUUGAAGAAGAGCUCCUUCGCUUCAUCCUUGAACCUUCGGUCAACGCCACCAUGCUCGGCAUCAAGCAAGGCGCCGACGCAGGUCAGGGCGAAGAGGAGGGAAUCUCCCCUAUCCUCAGCGCUCAUGGUCAACUGUUUGAGGAGAGAGUCGACGAGAUGCUGAAUGAUAUCAGCCGCGACUCCUUUUUUCAUCCUGCGGUAGGACCCAAGUCACAGGAUUUCAUGGAGGUUCUCAACCGUGACUGUGGUGGCCCCAUGAAGCGUUACAGAUUCUCCAGAAAGGAGGCUAUCAGAUAUGCACUUGCGCUCAAGAGGAAGGGCAAGAUUUACGCAAACAAGGAUCUGGUGGUCCGUCGCCCCAAGGUCGACUUUCACCCAGAAGAACGAAUUCGCUGGCUUGAGUCUGACAACGAGGUUGAGCCCCCGCCACCUGUUGAACCCAAGAUGGGUCCAGUCAAAACCAAAGCCAAAGAUGACGAUGGCGUGACCAUUUCAACCGACAUCUCGACCGAAGUCACUGAGCCCGAGUCCGUGGAUCUCGGCCCUUACGCCAAGGGACUUCCCAAGCUGGCCAAUAUCCGAUCCUGGGACGAAACCAUCCUCGACCGCCAGGCCGUCAGCACCGACAUGGAAAAGACACUCGUCUUAUUUGAGGGCCUUGGCUAUCGUCUUGGUAGAACGCUUCGUGAUCUCCGUAAGCAGCAUGCCAAGGACCUCAAGAGUCUCACCCCCGAGCAAAGAAAAGUGAACAGCAGAUACGUCCGGGACAUCUACGACUGGUGGGAGUUGGAUUACCCAUUGCGAGCCAACGAUCCCAAGUGGAACCCGAACAUGGUUGACGACUCUUGGAAGAACCGCGUCACGCCAAAGUUCUGUGACACCAUCAAGAUGGCCGAGCCGGAGGCCUACCAGGAGUCGUGGGACCGCGAGCGCGGUUUCAAGGACAUUCACGAUUCGGUCUGGGUGGCGUCUGAUAUGCUCCGCAAGGGUAUCAUCCGCGAGGCGUACGAGAACAAGAGUAUGUUGUUCCCAACACGUGUCACUCGCCGUAUCGAUGACACCGGCAAGACAAUCAUCUCGGCGCCUCGUCGCGAGCCUGUGUGGUCGUUUGGACAUCCUGAGCGGUGCGGCAAGGGACCACGGUUCUGGAGCAUUGACCGUUGGCCUCUGCACUUGCAGAGUGAGGAGACGAGGGAUUUGAUUGAGAGUUCAGGCCCUGAUGAUUCCGUCUGUGUCGUCCCGCCUUCUAUGGGGGGCAAGCCUCCGAAGAGAACCAAGAAGAAGAGAACCAAGGGCGCUAGGAGAUUUGGAGAAGAGGCUGAGGAACAGCGAGAUACUACCAUGGAAGACGCUGAAGAAAGCGAAGCUCAUGACAUCUCCCUUCGUCAUCUUGGCCAGCCGUUCGGGUCCACGUACCGGGACCAAGCCCACAUCCGACGACGCUUCAAACCAGGGACACCAGAGUACUGGUUAGGCGACACGCCUCUCCAGAAGCGGAGGGUCGAAGAGAGAAUCAAGAGCGGUCUUGUGGGAUCAGAACAACCACGCUCCUGGCGCCAGCGUCUCGCAGACCUCCUUGGCAGCAAGGGAGACGAUCCCACGGCGCUGCCGUACGUGAACCCUCGGUAUAUCCCCAAGAGCAAGCCACUACCCAGUGAGACGGAGCAGGAUAGCCCUGUGUUGCUUCCUGUUAGUUCGGAGGAUAUCCCCAGUCGCAGGCCGCCGCCGAUUCUUGCACCGGCAGGGGAUCGUCUUAGAUUCAAACCAUGGCGCAAUCAGGCAGAUUCACCAAUGAACCCUUCUCACUGGGAUGACACAGCCAAGGAUGAUGAACAAGAGGACAGUCGACAAGAACCGGAAAGCACAUAUGCUUUUCCGGGAGAUUUCACGAGUCUCGUUCCGUCGAUUACUCGCAUGACUCCUCCACCUCCACCUGAGGACAAGCAGGCUGGAUCAUCGACGGCUGGCCCGCAGGGCGCCCCUCCCACGGGGCAGCGGCGACGGAAUUCUCGCCCAAUGGAGUCUCAGCGCCUGCAGCUGGAGAUUGUCGAGCUUGAGCAGAAUGAGUCCGAGAGACCUCCUAGGGAUCCGGAAGACGAGGCCCUCUACCGAGCUCUCCACGAAGAGUUUUAUGAUCCGUAUGCUUAA